AUGCCCGGUCUCGUCACAGCCACCGGGGUCCUGGGCUUCCUCUCCGAUGAGGAGCCCGAGCUCAAGGUCUUCGCCCUCCAGACCCUCAACGAUGACAUCGACACUGUCUGGACAGAGGUCGCCGGCGCCUUGAGCCAGAUCGAGGCACUCUAUGAGGACGAAUCCUUCCCCGAGCGCCAUCUGGCCGCCCUCGUGCUUGCCAAGGUCUACUACCACCUCCAGGCCUACAAUGAGAGCAUGACCUUUGCCCUCGCCGCCGGCCCGUUGUUCAAGCUCGACAACCCUGCCGAGUUCGAGGAGACCAUCAUCUCCAAGUGCAUCGACCAGUACAUCGCCAUCUCGUCUUCGAGCCAUAUACCUCCAAAGCACCCUGCGAACGACUCCCUCCCGGCCCUCGAGACCACCUUUGGCGCCACCCUCCCCGAAGGCGGCUCCUUGGUCUCCCCCACCACCCCUUUCUCCCAGUCUGCGCUCCCCUCCAAGUCGCUCCUCUCGCGCGACUCGGCCGACAAUGCCAUCCUCGACCCCUCCCUGGGCGCAGGCAAGAUGGGGAGGUCGAGCUCCAUCGCCACACUGCCCGACAAGAGCUCCGAGCUCGCCCUCCAGCGCGUCAUCGACCGCCUGUUCGAGGCCUGCCUGAAGGAAGGUCGCUACCGGCAGGUCGUCGGCAUUGCUGUCGAGGCCAAGAACCUUUCCAUCCUCCGCAGGGUCAUCAAGCAGGCCAGCGAGGACGAAAAGCGGUCCAAGUCCAAGUCUCUGGACUCUGUCCAGGGGCCUGCUGAGGAGCUGAUGGACUAUGCGCUGGGGAUCUGCAUGGACAUCGUACAGGAACGGAGCCUGCGCACCGAGAUCCUGGGGCUCAUCCUCGAGCUGCUCAACGACAUACCGAACCCUGACUACUUUGCAAUUGCCAAAUGUGUUGUCUACCUAGACUCCGACGAGGACGCCUCCAAGAUGCUGAAGCAGCUCAUCGAGAAAGGGGAUCCGAACUCGGUGGCAAACGCCUACCAGAUCGCCUUUGACCUUUACGACAAUGGCACACAAGAGUUCCUGGGCAAGAUUCUGGAUUCCUUGCCAUCCGGGGAGCUGCCGCCAAAGCCGCAGCCGGGGAGCGACGACGCACCGCCAGCUGAGAGCGAGCCGCUGCUCAACGACCAGGGGCCUUCCGAGCAGGAAGAACUUCCGGAGGAGGUGGCUCGGGUGUACAAGAACAUCCGCGGCAUAUUGGACGGCAGCAAGGCCAUCAAGCUCAACCUCGAGUUCCUGUACCGGAAUAACCACACCGACCUGAGCAUACUCAACAAGGUCCGUGACAGCCUUGAGGCCCGCAACUCCAUCUUCCACACCGCCGUCACUUUCUGCAACGGCUUCAUGAAUGCAGGUACAACCCAUGACAAAUUCUUCCGUGACAACCUCGAAUGGCUCGGAAAAGCCGUCAACUGGUCCAAGUUCACCGCCACGGCCGCGCUUGGUGUCAUACACCGCGGCAACCUCACACAAUCGCGGAAGCUGCUCGAGCCCUACCUCCCGAGACCGACCGGAAUCAACAGCGGCUCGAUCUACAGCCAGGGGGGUGCUUUGUAUGCCUAUGGGCUGAUACACGCCAACCAUGGUGCCGGCGCGCUCGAGUACCUCCGUGACCAGUUCACCGCUGCUGAGCAGGAGGUCAUCCAGCACGGUGGCGCUCUGGGACUCGGCAUCGCCGGCAUGGCCACUGGCUCCGAACCGAUCUUUGAGAACCUCAAAGAUGUCCUUUUCGCUGAUUCGGCGCUCAAUGGUGAGGCUGUCGGUCUGUCAAUGGGUUUGAUCAUGCUGGGCACUGGCAAUGCAAACGCCCUGCAGGUCAUGUACACGUAUGCACACGACACGACCCACGAGAAGAUCGUCCGCGGGUGCGCUAUCGGCAUGGCGCUGAUCAUGUAUGGGCGCCAGGAGGGUGCCGACGUGAUGAUCGAGGGUCUCCUCAACGACCCUGACCCGACCCUGCGGUAUGGAGGCAUCCUGACCAUCGCCAUGGCUUAUUGCGGAACGGGCAGCAACAAGGCAAUCCGCAAGCUGCUGCACACUGCUGUCAGCGACGUCAACGACGACGUCCGCCGCAUUGCCGUCAUGUCACUGGGCUUCAUCCUUUUCCGAAAACCAGGCAGCGUCCCCCGCAUGGUCGAGCUUCUCUCGGAGUCCUACAACCCACACGUCCGCUAUGGCUCCGCAAUGGCUCUAGGCAUUUCCUGCGCGGGUACCGGCCUGGACGAGGCCAUCGACCUCCUAGAACCAAUGAUGAAAGACCCCACUGAUUUCGUGCGCCAGGGUGCCUUGAUCUCUCUGGCCAUGAUCAUGGUCCAGCAGAACGAGGUGAUGAACCCCAAGGUUGCCUCGAUCCGCAAGACCUUGAAAAAGGUCGUAGGCGACCGCCAUGAGGACGCCAUGACAAAGUUUGGCGCGUCCCUCGCGCUGGGCAUCAUCGACGCUGGAGGCCGCAACUGCUCUAUCGGCUUGCAAACCCAGACAGGCAAUCUCAACAUGCCGGGUAUCGUCGGAAUGGCGGUCUUCACCCAGUACUGGUACUGGUUCCCCUUCACCCACUUCCUGUCUCUGGCCUUCGUCCCCACCUCGGUCAUCGGCCUGGACCACGAGCUCGAGAUCCCCAGCUUCAAGUUCCACUGUGCAACGCGGCCCAGCCUCUUCGACUACCCCCCAGAGCAGGAGGUCAAGGCCGAGGAGGGGCCUGCGCUGGUGACGGCCGCCGUGCUGUCUACCACCGCGCAGGCGAAGCGGCGUGCGCAGAAGAAGGAGAAGGCCGCCCGCCGUGAGAGCAUGGAUAUCGACUCGACCCCGACCGCAGCCAAGGCGGCUGCCCCCUCCGGGGACAAGAUGGAUGUUGACGACGACCGGAACAAGAAGCCGGAGGAGUCCAAGGACAAGAGGGAGGGCGAGAGCGAGAAGGAGGCGUCCGCAACUCCAGACCCCAAGAAGAAGGUCGAGAAGGAGAGGGUUGGCUACGAGAUCGAGAACAUGUCGCGUGUGCUCCCUGGCCAGCUGAAGUACAUUAGCUUUCCGGCUGGGCGGUACAAGCCGGUGAAGAAGCCAACUGGUGGGCCGCUCCUACUGCAGGACACCCAGCCUGGCGACGCCAAGGUCCUCGUUGAGGAGAAGCUCAAGAAGGUCGAGACCCAGCGCGCCCCAGUGGCCGGCCAACCAUCCGGCAGUGGCGCCGGCGGUCUUGGCGGGCUCGGGUCAGGCAGGUCCGGCCGCUCGGCCAUGAUGGGCGAUGGCGAUGAUGCCUUGGCCGAGGCCCUCCGGGUUGCCAUGCGGGAUGGCGCCGGCGGUGGCGCAGCUCUCAACGAGAUGCUGCGUCAGUCGGCCCAAGCGCGCGGACUGGAUCUCUUUGGAGACGGCGGUGCUGCCGGGACGGGUCAGGGCGGUGCUGCCGCUGCCGCGGGCGUCUUGACAGCAGUCGACGAAGACGAAGACGGUGCCGAGGAGGCGCAGGUUCCUGGAGACUUUGACUACUUCACGGACAAUGACGACGAGGAGGAGCUGUAA